AAUAAACCAACCGAUAAUAAAUAACGUUUUUUAAUAAAUGCAAAUGUUGUAUAUAAAUAAUAAAUUAUUAAUAAGAGAAUAAAUGGCAGACAAUGCCAAAAAUAAUAAAAAUUCCGUAGCAAAUAAUUUAACGUUACAACCAGCUAAUCUACAAUGUAAAAAUUUACAUGAAUAUUUGAAAACACGUCCUGCCGAAGUUUUAGAAAAGCUUUAUAAUCAUCCUGCUAUAUGUUUAGCUGUAUAUAGAGAGUUACCGGAAUUAGCUCGCCAAUAUGUAAUUCGAAUAUUGUUUGUUGAACAACCAGUUCCACAAGCCGUUGUAGCAUCAUGGGGCUCACAAGCUUUUUCCAAAGAACAUGUACGCGUAAGCACAGUAUUAUCAGAGUUAAAUGUGUGGCAAGAAGCUGCUAUACCGGGCGGCUUAUUAGGUUGGAUACUUAGUAGUACAUUUAAACGAAAUUUAAAAAUUGCCUUAUUGGGAGGAGGUAAACCAUGGAGUAUGUCUUCUCAAUUAGAAACAGAUAGUAAAGCACGUGAUGUGUCAUUUCUUGAUUCCUAUUCAAUGGAAAGAUGGGAAUGUGUAUUACAUUACAUGGUUGGUAGUCAGCAACAAGAAGGAAUUUCUGCAGAUGCUGUACGAAUUCUUUUGCAUGCUGGCUUAAUGAAACGUGAUGAUGAUGGAAGUCCAGUGAUAACAAGACAAGGUUUCCAAUUUUUACUAUUAGAUACUCAGGCACAAGUAUGGCAUUUUAUACUCCAAUAUUUAGAUACUGUUGAACAACGCGGGCUUGAUUUAGCAGAUUGUCUUACAUUUUUAUUUCAAUUAAGCUUCAGUACGUUGGGUAAAGAUUAUAGUACAGAGGGUAUGAGUAAUAGUUUAUUAGUUUUUUUACAACAUCUUAGAGAAUUUGGACUCGUUUAUCAAAGAAAGCGAAAAGCUGGUCGUUUUUAUCCAACUCGUUUAGCAUUGAAUAUAACUGUAAGCCACGAUAAAAUACCUCCGGCUAUAUUAGAUGAUAAUGCUCAUAAAGGGUAUAUCAUAGUAGAAACAAAUUACCGUGUGUAUGCGUACACAGAUUCAAAUUUACAGGUUGCGUUGAUUGGAUUAUUUACAGAGCUAAUGUAUAGAUUUCCUAACGUGGUUGUGGGUGUAUUAACGCGAGAAUCAAUUAGACUCGCACUUCGUGGAGGUAUAACUGCUGAACAAAUUGUUGGCUAUUUACGUCAGCAUGCUCAUCCUCAAAUGUUAGCUGCCGGUGGUGAAGCCUCUUCUGCGUUGCCUCCUACUGUUGUCGAUCAAAUCAAACUUUGGGAGAAUGAACGUAAUAGAUUAACGUAUACAGAUGGCGUUUUAUACAGUCAAUUUCUUUCACAGGCUGAUUUUGUGGUACUUCGAGAUUAUGCGCAGCAAUUAAAUGUUUUAAUAUGGGAAAAUGAAAAAACAAGAACUAUGGUAGUUACAAAAAAUGGACACGAUGAUGUCAAAAAGUUUUGGAAACGGUAUUCAAAAUCUGGAAAUUGAAUCUGCAAUAUUAUCCGUUUAUAUCAAUUUAUAAGAUAAC